UUCAAUUCGGACAACCCAAAAACACAACUAUAAAUAGAUGUGGAUGGAGACCUUAUAAUGUCAACACACUGUGUUCAAUUCAUUAUUUAAAUGACCAAAAAAUUUUUUUCAUUGUGAAUAUUCAUGAAAUAUGAAAUUUAUAACUAGUAAACAUUCUACAUCGAAAAAACCAUUAUCAAAUGCAUUCAUUGAUGAUUGGCAAUGGAAUCGUGAUGAUCGAUCAGAUGCGGUUCGAAUUUCCAAUAAUGGACAUAUCGCAUAUUUUCAUAUCGAUUGGAGUAGCGGAACGGCUGCCGUACGUGGAAAUAAACCAAUCAAUAUAUAUCCGAAUCGUAAAUAUUAUUGGGAAGUAUUAUUGAAAGAUCGUAUAUUUGGCACUAGUAUGAUGAUUGGAUUGACAACAUCAAAGGCAAAACUUUAUUCCAAUUCUUAUAUUAAUUUGAUUGGUGAAAAUAAAUUUGGAUGGGGUUUAUCACAUAAAGGUCUUUUAUGGCAUAAUAAUCAAUGGCGUGAAUAUUCGAAACCAUUUCAUGAGAAUCGUUCAACAUUGAUCGGUUGUUUAUAUGAUGGCCAAAAUGGUACACUUACAUUUUAUAAAGAUGGUGAAUGCCUGGGACCAGCAUUUCAAGAUCUUCAUUUGAUUGGUGAUAAUCUUUAUCCAACAAUUAGUUCAACAGCAGCUCAAUCACAAUUUAUAUUAACAAUGGCCAAACGAGAAUAUUUAAAUCUACAAGAUAGAUGUAGACAUGUUUUACGACAAACAUAUUCAUUUGAACAUCAAAAUCUAAAUCAAUGGCAACAAAUUCUACCGAAAAGAAUUUUAGAAUAUCUUGUACUUGAUGAAGAAUCUGUAGAAUUUUCUAGUCAACAUAAGAAAUUGGUCGGUAAAAUCAUGAAACAUAGAUAAAAAAAAAUCUAAAUAGAGUGAGUACAACAACGAAACUUGUCAUGAUUCUAGUCAGAAUAUUUAUUCAUUUUAUUCAUUCAUUCAUCAUUGAAAUAAAUUUCAAAUUCCACAUACAAAGUAAUUUCA